AUGGAGCAUCCCUUUUUCCCGAUGACCACCACCCGCGCGGAGGCGCUGAGGUGGCUAUCAAUUGCCGAGAAGCUCCUGUCGGCGCGUGACCUGGUGGGGAGCAAGUCAUUCGCCACUCGCGCGCGUGACGCCGACCCGACGCUGUCCCCGGCGGAUCAAAUCCUCGCCGUGACGGACACGAUACUCGCCGGAGAUAUGCGGAUCGGAAAUAACCUGCAGGACCUCUACGCAAUUCUCCGCCUCACGCCGCAGCAGGGUCGGGAUGCGGAGCUCAUAGCAAGACAGUAUCGGAGCCUUGCACUUAUCCUCAACCCCCAGAAGAACAACUUCCCCUUCGCCGAACAUGCCUUUGCGCUCGUCCUUGAGGCCUGGUCCGUACUGUCUAACCCUUCCAGGAAAAUGUUGUAUGAUAAGGAACUCGCCUUCUACCUCCAGUCACAGCAACCGCAUCAGACCGACCUCUUUGGAAACCCUAUCCCGUCAAUGCACCAUAACAUUUUUGCAGGAGCCAGCAGCUCGAGUGGGGUUACAUAUCCUUCUCAACCUCAAGGUGUUACUUACCCUCCCCAACCUCAAGGCGUUACAUAUCCUCCUCAACCUCAGAGCACCGCUCAUUUCUCUCAAGUACAGGUACAUACUAACUCUCCUGUUCAGCCGGCAGUAGUCGAAGAAUCUGUCCGAGUCCCCCAAAACCCCAUGAGUUUUACUUCGGGUUCUAAUAUUGUGUUUGGGACGGGGUUGGGGUCUAAGACUGGCAAUGAAUCGGUGAAUAAGCAGGCACAGGGCAGUUAUUCAGGUUUCGAAGGUAAUGUGGCUGCUCCUGCUCCGACGACAAGCCAGGGGCAAGUGAGUAACAAUAAUGUGAGAACUGCUGGGACAAGCCAUGGGCUAGUUAGUAACAAGAAUGUGGCUCCUGCUGCUGGGACGAGCCAUGGGCAGGUGAAUAACAAGAAUGUGGCUGCUGCUGGCACUAGCCAGGGGCAAGUGAGUAACAAUCAUGAACAACCGCAGCAAAACUAUUCCAAUCUUGAUGAAGGAACUAGUCAUAAUGUUAAUGUCAACGAUGAUGUUGACGAGAUGAUGGAGGAUGAGGAAGAUGUAGAAAGAGUGGUAGAUGAAGAAGCGGAGGACACACCUGCACCGUAUGCUGAUGAAACUUUCUGGACUGCAUGCCCCUAUUGCUAUUACAUGUAUCAGUAUCCUAGCAUGUAUAUUGAUUGUACUCUUCGGUGUUCUAAUUGUAAGAUGGGGUUUCAGGCAGUGAUAAUUCCUAAUCCACCCCCAGUGGUAGAUGGGCAAGAGGGUUAUUUUUGUUGCUGGGGCUUUAUUCCUUUAGGUUUUUCGAUGGAGAAUUGGGAAAAGAACAAGGCUUCUGCCUCUUCUUGGACUCCAUUUUCACCCAUGUUCAGUUGCCCCCAAGUAGGAAAUGCAUUUCAGUCCACAAAGCCUGGGCGAAAGAACACAGAACCUAGAAUUUACGUUGAUGAUGAUGAGGUUUUUGUGGAGUUUUCAGAUUCUAGUGACUCGGAUGAUGAUUGGAGCAAUAAUAAGCAAAAACAGAAGAAGAAGGCAACAAAUUUCAGGGGAAAGGGCACAAGCGGAGCACCCACCAGAAGUGCAAAGAGAGCACAAAUCGAUAAAGGCAAAGAUGUGGAUGUGCAAAAUGAACUUGCAUCUCAAGACGUCUUGGAGACACCAAGCAACACGGCAGCUGAUGUUAGUAAUAAAGGGCCUGCUGCUAGUGCUAGGAAGCAACCUGCCAGGGCUGCCAAGAAUUUUGGGAAGUUGGAUUUGAAUGUCGAGUGCAGCAAUGAAGCUGAGGAGCCAGCUCUGAGGGUGAAUGAAGAAAAUGGGCCGAGCCAUGGGGGGGAUGACAACAUUGAAGGAAUUGGGUUUUUUGAGGGUCUUGAUGAAUUCCUAAGCAGUCUUCCCAUCCUCAAUCCGGUGGGCGACGAAAGGGUUGUCAAGGCAGCAUGA